AUGUGGGUAAGCUAUUCAUAUGACGUAGGAAGUCUAAGCUCAGGCUCUGAGCUAUUCGGCUUCCCAAUCCCUGAAAACUUAGUUACUAGUAAUAAAAUUUCUUAUUUGGAUCUUUGAAAUCUUCUUCAAGAGUAUCAAGCAUUGACUAAUUCAAGCACAAUUGUGAGUUACUACGACGAAGAAAUAGGGGCCUACAAAAUUCUUUCCUCAAGCACAGAGCUCUCCACCGAUUCUGAAAUCCAACUCCUUAUCCAAAGAUCCCAAAUAAGCGAAAUUGGCAGUCUAUUAGAAAGAGUAGAAGACUUAGAAAACAAUAUUUCUCAACUCCAUUCUGUCUUCAAAAAUGAUAUCGAAUUCAAGCCUACAAAUCAAGUCAAAGCAAACUCAGAACCGCUUGAUAUAGCGAUGCUAUAUGCAGCGCCGCUUACUCGAAAAGAUGGCAUCAAAAUCAAAGAAUGUGACAAUUGAAAUUUGAAUUUUGAUAUGGAGCGGAAAAAACUGCUAGAAGCUUUUGAAAGAAGCCAAAUCCAUGCUUCAAUACGAUUUGAGACUGCUACGCUGGAGCAUUUAAGAGAAAUAAUUGAACUGAAACCGAGAAUUAUACAUAUAAGCUGCCAUGGGUAUUAUCAAAGAAAUUCACCAAAUGAGUUUGUACUGGCAUUUGAAGAUAGUAAAUGCCUUGGUAUGAGGGAUGAAGUGAACCAAAGCCGACUGAAAAAAGUUUUGGAAACCCAAAGCCAGUACUUUAAUAUAGUCAUAGUCAGCGCUUGCUUUUCACAAGCCAUUGGACAUGUAUUUUUGGAUGCUGGAAUUGACUGCGUAAUUGCAAUUCAUGACCAAUGCAAAAUAUUGGAUGAUGCUGCAAUUUCGUUUGCAGUCACUUUUUAUAGAAGUCUGCUCAGAGGCAAAACAAUAAAAAAUUCUUUUAUUGAAGCAAAGAAAAAUGUGAACUUUGAGCAAGCAGCAAUGAGAACUACUUGUUGCUGUGCACACAAUCAUAAGAGACAUUGCACUUGGAAAGUGAAAAAUGAUCAUAUGGAGCACACUCCGAAUGAGCAGUGUGUAUGUGAAAAGAGAAAUAAUGAUUCUGUCCAUAAAUUAAACUGCGAGUGGGCUUUGAAAUUUUUAGCUAACUUUUAGAUAAUAAUUUUUUUUAAUAAACAAUGAAAGAAUUUAAUAUUUAAUAUUUUUAAAUAAAUAGAUUAAGUAUAAUAAAACAAGAGUUCCAAAUGAUCAAGAAGUCAAAGAUGGAAGCUGAGUAAUUUGCUGCUGUUCACCAGAAGUUCCUCACAAUGAGGCUAUGAAAUUCAAGCUGCUAAUGAAAGAUAAAGAAGCUGCAAAUAAAGUUCUGUUUUCUGAAAGGGCUCAAAAAGAAAUCCAAGAGCCUUACACAUAUGAAACCUUAUUUAAACCCCCUCCAGUUCGCCAGAAAAUAAUAGGAAGAAACAAAGAAAUGCAAGAGCUGUUGGAGCUCGGCAAAAACAAUAGAGUAGUGAUAGUAAAUGGGAAACUUGGAAUAGGAAAAUCUCUUCUAGUUAAAAGUGUCGCCCAUUAUGCCUGUGAAAGAAGAAUUUUCAAGCAUGGAGUUUUAUAUUUGAACCUUCAAGGCAAAACAAAUUCCAGCACCAUCAACCAAAUGAUAGCUAAAAGCCUUAACGUCCCUUGGGAGAAAAGUAAAGAAGAAAUCGCAAGAAUAAUUGAAAAUAUGCACCUUUUAAUAAUCAUUGACAAUGUUGGCGGAAUAAUCGCCCAUAACAAAGAAAAAGUCAAAAAUAAAAUCGCGUCAUGGGUAGAGAGAACUCAAUUUCCGAAAUUCUGGAUUGUUCUAAGCGGAGAAAGCAAUAUAAAGCUUGAUAGAGCUGCCGAGUUUAAGCUUGAAGAGCUAAGCAAAAGAGCUGCAGCUAAGCUUAUAAAAACAAGGACAGAAGUCUAUCAAAAAAUUCGCAAUGAUAUUUUAAAGCUUCUAAACUGCAUUGGCAAGUCUCCUACAGAGCUAUUUCAAGUGAUGCCUGUACUUAUGGAGAAAUCAGUCGACGAGUUUUUAAUUGACUACCAGUCUCAUCAUUCCAAUCCUACAGCCAGUGAAGAAAGCCGCUCACUUUAUUUGUCACUUACAUAUCUUCAGAAUAGAAAGCCAGAAUCUGUCAGUCUUAUAAAACUGCUUUCUUUACUCCCUGCAGGAAUUUUUAGAGAAAAUUUAGACCUUGUAUGUCACCAGCAAGCUUGCAAUUGAAGAGAUGCCCUGAAUCUUUUAGAAUCCCAUGAAGGAGAAGAAUGGCUUGUGAAAAUACAUUUAAGCGAUCACCAAGGAAAUAAUGCAAUGGGUGAUGAGGAAGAACAAAACCAUGACUUGCGAUCUAGUAUUUCUUUGGAUGAGUAUGAGAAUAUCAAUUUAGUUAAAUGUGAUUCAGCGACUUCUGAAGAAAUCUUGAUGGUUUCAGAGCCAGUUAAAAAAUACAUAAAAUCUGAAAUCUCUUCAUCUGCGGAUGAUGCAAUUAUUUGUAUGGAAUACUUAACGUCUUUGUCGAGAGUACUUAUGCAGGUUAUUAGUCAGCAGCCAUCUAUGGCUUGCUCUAAUGUGAUGAAAUCGGUUAGUAAUUUUAAUGCUUUAACUCCAUCUCCUACCUGGAAGCUCUGUAACUGUGAAGAAAUAAUUGCUGAAGUGUUAACUACAGUUACAAAUUCGAAGCUUUCGCCUCAGAAAUUAUUCGAAAGUAUGGAGCGCAAUUUUUGGGAUUUUCCUAACUCGAUACUUGAUUGUGCGAUAUCAUUGAAAAUUUUUAAAUAAACACCCAUUUUUGUCUAAUGAUUUUUCUAUGAUCAAAAAUAAAACCCUAUAACUUAUUUUAAAGAACAUUAAAAAUAUUACAGUAUAAUUGCUCCUAUACAAUUAUAAUGUGAUUUCUACUAAUAUAUAGCAUAAUUUAUCUCUUGUUGCUCGUGCAUAAAUAUAUUAUUUAGAUAAAAGUUAAUAAAAAAAAUCAUUUAUUAUUUUAUUUCUUAAUUUUUUUUAUGAUCGAUUAACGGCGAUCGGUUCGUAAAGGGAGAGUAAGUGAAACUUAUUUAAGACAAAUAUUUAAUAAUCGGAGAGAAGUUGAAAUAGGAAAUCUUAUUUUUGAAAUGGGGCAAUGUGUGAUGUGCAUAUAUUUGCUUUUGGGAAAGAAAAAUCAAGCAUUUAAUUCAAUUGAUAGCGUAAAAAAAUGUUUAAAAACUUUUACGACAAAUGAUUCUUUAAAGCAUAAGCUGAGACUAUCUUGGAGCGCUAUGAAAAUAGAAUUUAAAAAUAAAUUCAGAAUCGAAAAAGCUAUUAAGCAAGCUGAAAAAGCUUCUCAGCAUUUCGAAAUCAAUGGCCUGCUUGACUGUCUGGCUGAAAGCUAUUUAUUAAGAGCAAUUAUCUCAAUCAAUGCUCCUUUAAAACCAAAAGAAAUGACAGAAAGCCGAAUUGAAGAAAUAGAAGAACACUUACUAUCCUCAUUUAAUAAUUUACUUGAUUAUUAGUGGUUAUGACUAUAAAAUCAUAAAAUUUUUUAUUUGAAAUAUUAUUGAAUAAAAUUAAUGCAUCUAUUUACCAUUAUUUUUGCUUUAUGCAGAGAAGUUUUCUUAAAAUCAAUGAGUUCAUCUUUAUCAAUUGGAGGAGCUAGAGCAAGCAAUUAAUCGAUUUAAGGACCUCAGAUUUUCUAUUGGGAGUGCAGGUCUUGCAAGAUCAUAUUUAACUUAUUGUGACUGGAAAAUUUCCAAUAGCCAUAGCGACGAAGAUAUAGCCAGAAAACUCCAGUACUCAUAUAAAACAUUCAAAGAACUUAACUUGAAAGGCCUAGAAGAAAGAUCACUUUAUCUUUUGGGGAAAGUAUAUUUAAAUAUGGAAAGGUUAAUAGCUGCUGAGGAGUCUUGAAGAUUUGCUUUAGAAAUGGCUAGAAAAUAUAAGGACAGAAGAUAUGAAGUAGAAAUCAAUGAGCAGCUUAAUUUGAUAUUUGAAAGGAUUAGAAGAAGAAGUGGCAACGUUAUUGUUGUUCUAACUCCCCCUCCCCUCCCCGUGAGCUAACAAAAAAUGUUUUAAUUAAAAAUUUUUUAAAGAGAACAAUUUUGAUAUAUAAGUGAUAAUCAUUAUAAUGAAAUCUAUACCCAAUUCUGUUUAAUUUUAAACAGUUUGCAUUUUAAAAUUAAAUUAAUAUUUGUUUGCCUCAAAAUUAUUUCGAAUUUGGAUUUUUUUAAAUUUUGAAAAAAAAGGUACUAUAAAAUUUAUCUACGAAUUCUAAAAAAAAAAAAACCCUUCAUAAGCGAAGGGGGGAGUAAGAGCAUUUCCUCUAGUUUCAGGCGAUGUAAACACUGAAAAUUUUGCUCAAGAUUCAGUUGUUUGUACUCAUUUUUCGAGCUUCAAAAAAAGCCUUCUGGAUACUUUAUAUCAAAAGAGAAAAUUAAUUUAUAUGAAAUUCGAUGUAGGAAACAGACAAAAGCUUAUAGAGUAUAUUAAAGAAGGAUGCAAAGUGUUGCAUCUAUCUACAUGCAUGCCACAAAUGGAAUCUCUAGUCUUAGAGAGCAGCAAUUUUAGCGCUGAUAAAGUCCCCAUAUCUGAAUUGCAUGAACUCUUUGGCUCUGUUACAGAAAGACCUGGCCUUGAUCUUGUAGUUUUAGCAAUGCCUUUUUCUGAAAAAAUUGGCGAAUACUUAAUCAACCAUAUAGGAAUAAAUUUUGUGAUUUGUUUUGACUACAAAGAAUUCCCACUAUGCAAAUAUCUCACCCAGCUCCAAUUGAUGUUUGAAAAAGCAAUAGAAAUAUUCUGCGAAAAAUUUUAUACCUUAUUGGUAGAAGGAAAAACAGUUAGAGAUGCGUGAAAAGUUGCCAAACAAAUCAGCGACGAUUUUGUUGAUUCUAAUGUAAAGCUAUUUGAGCACUUAAAUGAUGAUGAUUUUAAUAUUGAAGAAUUAUAUGAAGGUAAAGGCCCAAUUUUAUUAGGAAAAGGGGACACAGCGUUAUUCAGUGACUCUUCAAGUGACAUCCUUUCUCAUGAGUCUGUGCUAUUUCCUGGACAUGUGCUGCAUACAUCUAAGCAAGGACAGUUUGUGAAUAUUCAGAAAACAAAUAGUAGCCUAGUCGGAAGGCACAGGGCAGCAUUUGAGAUUAUUGAAAAACUGCUUCAAUCCCGACUAGUUCAUAUUGUCGGACAAAAAGGUAUAGGGAAAAGCUCAUUAGCGAAGCAUAUAGGGUAUUACUUAUACGCCAGAGAUAAAUAUCAUGAUGGUGUCUUCUGGAUCAACAUGAAAUCCCAAGGAAGUCUUGCACAAUUUAACGAAAAUUUAGAAAAAGAAGGCUUAUUCAUGUCAUUCGAAGACAAUGAUAUGGAGCAGAACCUUACUAAUAAAAGCAUUCUUUUGAUUUUAGAUGACUGUGAUGAUAUCAUUAAAGACUCAAACGCCCAAUUCCACAAUUUAAUCGAAACUUUGCAUAGUAAAUACAAGCUCAGCUUAAUUAUUACAAGCUAUCCAGUUGAGCUUGGAUAUCCUUGCGAAAGAUUCGAGCUUCAGCCUUUGGCUCCGUUGGAGUCAGCCUCAAUGCUUCUAGCAUACGUUGAAAGAAAUAUCGAGAGGAAAGAAAUCAUUCCCUACAACAAAGAAAUGAAUAUCGCUGAAGACUUAACUGAGUCCGCCCUUCUAAAAGAAUGCAUGAAUUUACCUUCAAAAAUCAAAGAACUCGCUGCAAAUUUGACCCAUGAAAAUUUCAAAGUUUUGGAAUUCAAAAGGAGACAAAGCAAUGACUCGCCUGUUUCACUUCCACCUCUUUUGUCAAAAAUGACUGAAUCAAAUGAGCUUAGAUGGUCAGACGAAGAGCUUGCUGAGGAAGAGGAAAAGAAAACUGUGAAAGAAGAAAGGAAAAGACCGAAGAAUCGUGAGCACUCUGGGAAAAAGAAAAGAGGGACCAGCAAGGUGCUGAAAAAGCAGAAAUCCAAAUUUUAA